AAAAAACGAAAGUGCAGCCUCUCUCGGGCCCGGGGCGGGGCCACAGCUCCUCCUCUAGCAAGCCGCGCGAGCGCAGUCCCACGGCCGCCGCCGUUCGCUCUACGCAGGCGCCAUUUCCCUAGCGCGCAUGCGCUGGGUCCCAGGACCACGUGCGCCGCCCUGUGGGCUUGGAUUGGCUGAGCCUUGACGUUGUCCCAGUCCCGGUGAUCGGAAGUUCUCCGUGGGUGCUGGGCGGCCGAAGGCUCCGGAACUGCGCCUGCGCUUUUCGGAGUAUUGUGAGGAUUGAGAUGACUGGAGUGUGUAUGGCCAGGAGAGUUGCUCAAUAAAUGUAUGUUGCCUUCCACUGUGAAGAGACGGAGUCUUGCUGUGUUGCCCAGGCUAGAGUGCAGUGGCAUGAUCUUGGCUCACUGCAAACUCCGCCUCCCAGGUUCACACCGUUUUCCUGCUUCAGCCUCCCAAGUAGCUAGGACUACAGCUGUAAAGAUGUCUGACAAGAACCAGAUAGCUGCCAGAGCUUCUCUUAUUGAGCAACUGAUGUCCAAAAGGAAUUUUGAGGAUCUUGGCAACCACCUUACUGAGCUAGAAACAAUUUAUGUGACUAAGGAGCAUCUCCAGGAGACAGAUGUGGUCAGAGCUGUGUACAAAGUCCUCAAAAACUGCCCCUCUGUGGCUUUGAAAAAGAAAGCCAAGUGUUUGCUAUCAAAGUGGAAAGCUGUUUAUAAAGAAACUCACUCCAAAGCGAGGAACAGCCCUAAAUUAUUUCCUGUGAGGAGUAAUAAAGAAGAAAAUUCAGGACCUUCUCAUGACCCAAGUCAGGAUGAAACACUGGGCAUCUGCAGCUUCAAUUCUGUGUCUUCCCAAGAUGUUGCAAAACUCAGUGAAAUGAUUGUGCCUGAAAAUAGAGCCAUUCAAUUGAAACCUAAGGAAGAGCAUUUUGGGGAUGGUGACCCUGAAUCCACUGGCAAGAGAUCGAGUGAGUUGCUGGAUCCCACAACACCCAUGAGAACUAAAUGCAUAGAGCUUCUUUACGCAGCUUUAACUAGUUCUUCCACAGAUCAACCCAAAGCUGAUUUGUGGCAAAACUUUGCAAGAGAAAUUGAAGAGCAUGUUUUUACCCUUUAUUCAAAGGACAUCAAAAAAUAUAAAACUUGCAUCAGAAGCAAAGUUGCCAAUUUGAAGAACCCCAAAAAUUCUCAUUUACAACAAAACUUGCUCUCUGGGACCAUGUCUCCACGAGAAUUUGCUGAAAUGACUGUCAUGGAGAUGGCAAAUAAGGAACUGAAGCAGUUGAGAGCCUCCUACACGGAAUCUUGUAUCCAGGAACAUUACCUUCCCCAAGUAAUUGAUGGCACACAGACAAAUAAAAUAAAAUGCAGACGCUGUGAGAAAUACAAUUGCAAAGUCACUGUAAUUGACAGAGGAACACUUUUCCUUCCCAGCUGGGUGCGGGAUUCAAACCCAGAUGAACAAAUGAUGACUUAUGUAAUUUGUAACGAAUGUGGGGAGCAGUGGUACCAUAGCAAGUGGGUGUGCUUGUAACUGUAAAUCAGUGUUCUCUUAACAGAUAACCCAAGUGAUACCUUUUAUUUGUACAACUCUUUUGUGCUUUUAAAAAUUUUAUACACACUACUCUCUAAAACAGAAGAAGGAGGAAAGAAAGUCGUUAGCUGAAGCUGACACCACCAUCCCUAAAAGUUACAGUUUGGGGAGAGGGAGUGGAUGACUAUUUGUAUUGUGCCUUGUGGCCAUUUAGUACCUUACUGUAGACAGAGUGUGGGUGAGAACAGCCCAGCAUAAACUGGGAGACUGUGGGAAAUGCAUUCCCAGGCCUCACACCAUUGAAUCUGAAUCUGCAUUUUGGCAGGAUCCCCAGGUAAUCUUCCAGGAUAGGAUAGUUUGAGAAGUGCUACUUUAGCAAUAGGCCUGUGGCUCUCAGCAGUGGCUGCAUUUUAGAAUCAUCUGGGAAGCUUUGGAAACCCACUGGUGUUGAGACCCCACCCUAGAACAAUUCAAUUGGAACCUAUGAGAUGGGACCCAGGCAUCAACAUUUCUUUUUUCAUUCCUCAAGUUAUUUUAAGAUGCAGUCAUAGUUGAGAACUACUCAGAAAUAGGCUCUUAUUUGAUCCUUUUUACAGCUCUAAGACAAGAGUGUUAUUCCAGGCACUUCACGAAUGAGGAAACAGGUCCACAGAGGUGUGGUGACAUGCCCAAGUGACACAACCAUAAAUAGUACCAAUUCAGAGAGAUCCCACAUUUUCUCCCUCCCGACUCACUGAGACUGGCUCAAUAUCGACUUCUGAGAAAUGUAUUCCUGGAGGUCGGGAACGAAAUGAAGAAUGUGUUUAGACUCCAACAUUGGGUGACUAGAUCUUCAUUCUUUUCCCCUCCCUUUUCUCAUUUACAGGUCUCCCUUCAACCACAGAAGUCACCCUGGAACUCAUCCCGCAGUUAGAAUUUUGUUUGGAGCCCUCUUGCUUAGUUGAAGGAGUUUCGUAGUUGUUCCCCCCCCCCCCACCCACCACCACUGUGAACAGGUUUUUCAGGGGUAUAUAAACUCUGGGAUGUUUAGUUUCUGAUGUCAGGAGUCUUCAUGUUCUCAAGGACAAGUGUCAUUGAGAGUGACCAUUAGGUCAUUAGUCUGUCAGAGGAAGCCCAUCACCUUAGCCUUUGAAUGUAGUAACAGACGUUUAUCUAAUAAAUGAAUUGAAGAUGAAAUUACCUCUUUGAGGCCUUUGCAAACAGUGUUUAACCAGUUUAUAUAAUUGUUUGAAUACAACACGCCUUCUAUGUGAUUAUGGCUGAUUUUUUUUUCCUUAAAAAACUCAUGGAAUGUUCACCGUUGUAUAGUUUUAAAAAGUUUACUUUGGCGGUCUCUACAAACCUACCAUUUCACUUUCUCACCAGUUCUUUUCUCCUAACUCUCUUCCUAUGUUGGAGCUCUGAAGGCCUAACUGUAUGUACACUUUACCUGCCUGACAGAAUUCUCCAAAACAUGCCUAAAAGUAAAAUAUGUUCGUAUUUUCAAAUAAUUUGGAAGAGUCGGCUCAAUGCCAUCAAGUGUGAAAUCUGUUUUGAUAUACUUUCUCCCCUUGUCUUCCCAGGGCUGCUUUUUGUGAUGCAACAUGUUUAGUCCUUAACUUGCAAGGUCAUCUAAAACUUAAAGUUUCACAAAGUGUGGUUUCAUAUGACUUGGAAUAAUCUGAAAAACUUCAGUGGUUACGAAAGAGCACAGCACAUAAAAACCAAAUUUGAUUAGUUGAAGUCGGUGUUUAUGUUUUGCUUUGGAGGUUUGUGUAUAUGUGUGUAGUUUUUAUUUAUAUUGGAAUUUGGUAAACUAAAUGUUCAGACAAAUAAAAGUAAUUGAAAUGGAAA